UACAUAUAUUUUUUCUUAGGUGAUAUCAACCAUCAUGGCCGAUGAGGAACCGAAGCAGCUCGAUUACGUAUCCGAGAUUGUGUUGAAGAAAAGAAAAAACAAUGAGGACUGGGCCAUUAGAAGGAGAGAGCAAUUGGAGCAACGGGUCAAGAAAUCCAAAAGUGAUAAUUUCGUUAUCAAAAAGCCCGAACAGUUUAUCAGAGAAUACCGCGAUAGAGAGGCUGAUCUAAUCAAAAUGAAACAUCGGUCAAAACGACCAAGAAAAGCAUCUGACUUAUCUCAGGCGAAGCUUCUUUUCAUCAUACGUAUACAAGGUAAAAGUGACAUGCACCCUCAGACACGGAAACUUUUAUACUCUUUGAGACUAAGGAGGAUGUUCACCGGUGUUUUUGUCAAGGCAAACGACAGAAUAUUGGAUGUUCUACAAAAAGUUGAACCAUAUGUGACUUAUGGGUAUCCUAACCUCAAGAGCGUGAACGAGCUUAUAUACAAGAAGGGUUUGGCGAAAAUUAACAAGCAGUUAUAUCCUUUGACGGACAAUAACAUUAUUGAACAGGCGCUUGGGGAGCACAAAAUCAUAUGCAUAGAAGACAUUGUUAACGAAAUAGCGAACGUGGGCCCACAUUUCAAGGACGUUUGCAACUUUUUGUGUCCGUUUAAUCUAAACAAGCCCGAAAAGGCGUUGCAGGGUAAGAAAAAGCCUUUCAGAGACGGAGGUGAUUCGGGAAACCGUGAAGAUCAAAUCAAUGAGUUGAUUAGCAAGAUGAACUAACUAUAUACAUCCCGAUCUAUAUCUCUAUCUUUUUGAAGUUGAGUUUAAGCGAGUGUGAACGUAGAGGUGUUUUGAACCUUUUAUCGAACGGUAAAAUUAGUGUUUUUUUGUUCUGGGCUUUAUCUGUCUUGUUAUUGUACCUUUGAAUGGUAAAAGUCUUGUAUUAUCUCCACUCCUUGCAGUUUUUGGGAUGCAA